UUUGUGUUACUGACAUCAGCACAGGAUCUGGAGGAAUUUGACCUGAAUGAAUACAUCACUCCAGAAAAGAUCAGAGAUGAGAUUCUUGUGAGAGUGAUGCCUGUGAUUGCAGCAUCCAGAAAAGCAAUUAUCAGAUGCAGUGAAAUUACAUGGAGAAGUGGAAAAGCUCUGAGCUCAGUGCUCAACUCAGAAACCUCCAGUCUGAGAGAACUGCAUCUGACUGUCAACAAACUGGAUCUGACUGGGAAUAAACUAGAAGACUCAGGAGUGAAGCGUCUCUCUGCUCUACUAGAGAAUACUGAGUGUAAAGUGAAAGAUCUGAGGUUGCGUGGUUGUGGAGUAUCAGAUGAAGGCUGUGCUGCUCUCGCUUCAGCUCUGAGAUCAAACCCCUCACACCUGAGGGAUCUGGAUCUCUCUCUGAAUAAAGUAGGAGAAUCAGGAGUGAAGUGUCUCUCUGCUGUACUGGAGAAUCCUCACUGUAAACUGGAGAUACUGAGGUUGUGGGAUUGUGGAGUAUCAGAUGAAGGCUGUGCUGCUCUCGCUUCAGCUCUGAGAUCAAACCCCUCACACCUGAGAGUACUAGAUCUAACUAGGAAUAAAUUAGGAGACUCAGGAGUGAAGUGUCUCUCUGAUCUGAAGGAUGAUGAACGUUACAAACUACAGACACUGGAAACAAGAGAGAAGCUCCACAGCAGUGAUCUUUAUUAAAAGCAGCAAAAACUCUACAGCCUGGGAUUGGAGAAGUGCAGUGAUGUGAUGCAAAUAUCUGCUCAUGUUCCUCUUCCAUCUUCUGCACCUUCUCACUAA